AUGAUCUCAGAUCGAAGAUCCGCUGUUUUAGGGUUGAAAAGCUUCAGUAGACAAUACCGAGAAACUGUUGUUGAGUACGGGUUGAAGCCAUUGAUAUCGACGCUAAAGAAGGAUUAUGACAAUGCUAAUAUAGUGAAGUCUAUUUUAGAAACGUUCCUCAUUUUGUUUAUUCGAGGCGGCACCAACGAAGAUUUAACUCGAGGAUGGAUAUCACAACAACUGAGGUUGCAAAACGGAAAGUAUCCAUCACCAUUGUUAAUGGAAGACGUGACUUUGGAUCAGAUGUCAUUGUGGAUUGCUGAUGCCCUUUUACAGGACGAAGAAGCAUUGAAACUAUUGGUUGGUGAGUUGGCUGAGACUGACUACCAUUUGAGACUAUACACCAUACAGCUUUUGGAAUCAUUAGUGGCCAGUCGAGGGUCGAGAAUAAAGGAGGCGUUGUUGAAUAUACCGACUGCAAUAUCAGUCAUUUGCAAUUUGCUAGCAGAUAUACACGAACCAGUGCGCAAUGAAGCCAUCUUGUUGUUGAUGGCAGUAGUUAACAACAAUUUCAAUAUUCAAAAAUUAGUUGCAUUUGAAAAUACUUUCGAAACUUUGUUCAAUAUUAUCGAUGAGGAAGGAGGGAUCCGCGGCUCGAUCCUUGUUCAAGAUUGUUUAACUUUGAUUACGAAUCUUUUGCAAUUUAAUGCAUCGAAUCAAAAAUUCUUUUUGGAAACUCAGUGUGUUCCGAGACUAGCGAGGCUAUUGGGAGAACCUGUUGAUGAAACAGAAGAACUGAACAACGUUGAUGAGAAAGGUGUCCCUAUUACUCCGUCUUCUAUCGUGUGGACCGAACAAAGAUUACAGAACAUGGUGAUUGCAUUGGAAAUAUGCCGAUUAUUGGUUUCAGAUGAUAAUGAAUUGGUUGUUCAGAAUCAGGAUAACUUGUACCAAAAUGGUAUUCACUACAUUCUCUUGAAGUUAGUGUUCUCCCCCCUAACUGAAACGCAAAUUCGUUCAGUUGCAUUGUUAGCCACUGCUGAUGCCAUCAGUGGGAACCUGACAAUACAAUUUGAAAUUUCGAAAAUCGAUGUUCCUUAUGUUGAUCCUUCUUUGCCGUCACACCUUCAAGCAUAUGAUAAACCUAUUCUGGUACCAUUAGGCUGGCUCAAUUGGUGCUUAUCUCUCAAUUCAGUGCAUUUGUUUGAUAUCCGCCUCGGUGCUGCAUAUUGUUUACAGGCAUAUUUCAAGCACAACCAAGAGUCAAAAAUGGCAUUCUUGAAUGAUCAAAUAUCAGCAUAUUCUAAUGAAGAUUUCUAUCGCAAUUUGAAGGAAGAUUUACCACAAUUGAAUGGCAGUACUGUUGCCACACCGUUUGGAGACGUUUUCAAAGUGUUGAUGGAUUACGACUCCGAGUUGAAAUUGAACCCGUACAAGGUAUGGUUUGCAGCAGUCAUCUUGAUGUAUGCAUUUGAAGACGAGCCAGAAAACAAGGAUAUUGCCAGGGCAUUGAAAACAGGAGACGCCGACGCAGGAGAAGAGGUUAUGACUUCUGUGCAAGCAAUUUCAGGCUUGCUUAUUACAACGCUAAACCAUAUGGAUCAAAGAAUUGCUAUAGGGUAUUUGAUGCUUCUCACUAUUUGGCUUUACGAAGAUUUCAACGCAGUGAAUGAUUUUUUGAAAGAUGAAUCGAUUGUGAAAUCGUUAUUGAACUCAUUAUCUCAUAACUCGUCUGGUGAGAGUCUGCUCGUCCAUGGUAUGACCGCUAUCUUGCUUGGUGUGCUAUAUGAAUUUUCCUCCAAAGAGUCACCUGUCUCAAGAAAGGAUCUACAUGCGUUACUAGUUAAGAGUUUAGGGAAGGAUAAUUACUCAUUAAAAGUGAAACAAUUGCUUGCCGACCCAGUGUUUAAAUUCUUCGAUGAGACGCUGAAUUUCACUUCAAUACAAGAUGAGAGUGGCUUACCUGAUGUUUAUUUCGACUCAAUCUAUGUCAACUUGGUGAAGGAAAAUUCAUUUCGAAUAAAGAGAGCUUUGUUUCAUGAUCCUGAGGGUGAGCCAAGACGGAGAAUCUCUUACGAAGAUAUCGAGGAACUUGAUUUAAGAAUAUCCGAACUUAAGAAGGAAAUGCAUGAAGAGAAGCAGAAAAAUUUAGAGAAUGAGUCAACAAUGAGAUCGAAAAUAAAAGAAUUGGAGACAUUGAAAGAUGUUUUGCAACAUCGAUUGACAACUAGUGAAACAGAACUUGAUAAAUUAAAAGAGGAGCACAAGGCAGCAGAGGAAAGUAUUGCAGUUUCCCUGAGAGACCUUAAGGAAGUUACAGAACUCAAAAUCAAACAUGAAACCUCAUCUGCGAAGUUUGAGAAAGAAUUGGAUACGCAUAUAAAGAAAUUAGAGACACUCGAAACGGAAAAGAAGCAAUUAGAAUCUCAAUUGAAUCAAGCGGAGCUGACUAAGGUAAAACUUGAAGCUGGUGUCAACACGAUGACAAAAGAUCUCUUUCAACUAAAGAAACAGAAUAGCGAAGCUGAGGCGAAGAUUAAGAAACUUGAAAAAGAUUUAAAGAAUAUGCAAAACGAGUCUGAUAAGGCAAAACGUGCCAAUGAGAACCAAAUCAACAAGCUCAGCGAGGAUAUUAACAAUAUAAAACAGCGACUUGUUAAUGAACAGAAUGAACUCAGAAAGACAACUAACACCAUAGAAUCUUUAAACAAAAACCUCAAUUUGAAGGAAUCAGAGGUGCUAAAAGCUAAACAGGAGAUUAUUAGCUUGAACUCUAAUGUGGAAGAGCUUUCUCGUGAAAAAGGUCAACUAGCUAACUCCCUUGACGAAAAGCAAUUGGAGAUUAAAGGCUUGCUAUCAAGAAUUGAUGAACUCAACACAGAGCAAGUUACUUUGAAAACUGAAGUUGAAAAGUUGACGAACAAACUUCAGACAGCUCGCGAGAAGUUGAUUCAACUAGAAUCUGACAGUGAUGAAAAAGUUCGCAAACUAGAGAAUCUCUUGGAGGAGUAUUCGUCUCAGGUGAACAAAUUGCAAGAUGAGUUAAAUAGUCUUAAGGAGAAGGCAGCUAGAGUUCCCGAAUUGGAAAAAAGGAACAAAGAUUUAGAGGAUGAACUUUCGAGUCUUAAAAUGGAUUUAGAUGCCAAAGAGAAGACGUUGACCGAACUUGACAAGAUUAAGGAAGCAAACCGCAAGCUAUCCAAAGAGAGUGAGGACGCCAAACUUGAACAUGAACGAGUUCAUGCUGAAUUGUUGGAAAAACUAAAGGCUUGCACCGAAGAGAUAGAGGCUGGAAAAUUGAAACUCAUUGCUGGUGAAAAUGCAGGUGCCCAUGUUAAAAAGCUUUCUUCUGAGAUUGAAACUUUGAAGGCCAAGUUGAAGGACCUUGAAGCGGAUUUGUCUAAAAAGUCGUCAGAACUUGAAACUGGAAAUGCUGCCCAGGAGAAAAAUUUAGAGCUUGAGAAGGAUCUUGAAAAGCUUCGAAAGGAGCUAAGGGAUUUGAAGGAAAAUAAAUCUGAGUGCGAUGAAUUAAGCAAAGAAAUUGAGAGUCUCAAAGGUCAAGUUGAGAAGGGAAAAGCAUUGGAAGUAAAGAAUAAUGAUCUUAAAGACAAGAUAGAAGUGCUCACUCGGGAUCUUGAGUUGAACCAAUCGAAAGCAGAGCAAGACUCUCAUCUAAAAGAUGUGCUAAAAAAACUUGAAAAAGAACUUGAUGAAAAGCUGAAGAGACUUUCUCACGAGAAUGAUUUGAAGAAGGAGAAUGAACGUCUCAAGGAGGACCUCAAUCAAAGUCGAAAGCAUACAGAAAGUAGUCUGGCGCUACAAAGUGAGAACAAGGACCUCAAAAUAGAACUCGAAAGAAUCAGAAGGGAACACAAGGAAUUACUUGAGGUACAAAAGAAAAAUGAGUCCCUUCAAGAGGAGCUCAAUGGAUUUAAGAAACAGGCUUCAGAGACCGAAAGACUCAAGAAGCAAGUUGAGAAGCUCAACGCAGAAUUAGAUGAUGUAAAGAAGCACAAGGGUGAGGUUAACAAGUUGCAAAAGGAGAAUUCGAAACUCUCAUUGGAAGUUGAAGAGAGCAGAAAACAAAGCAUUGUCAUUUCUGACCUUGAGAAACGAAAAGACGCACUUCAAACUGAGCUCAAGGAGGCCAAAGAAGGUCAAAAGAAUGUACAAAGUUUUCAGAGUAAAAUUAAAGAUCUCCAGGUCAAGCUUGCGGAGAAUGAACAGCAAGUUCGUGAUUGUGCCAUUGUGAAAACCGAAUUAGAAACUCUUAAACAGGAAAAAGAGACUCAUUUGUUGGAAUUGGAUGAGUUGAAGAAGCAAUACCACGACUUGAAACAACUGGUAAAAUUGGACAAGGAAAAGUUCAAGGAAUCCACUGAACAGGCAAAAAAAGCCGAUCAAAUGAGAAACAAGUCCGAGGAUGAAGUAAAAAAAAUCGAAGAGAAGUUGAAGAAUCUUCAAAAUAAGUAUGCCUCAUAUGUGCCGAAAUCUGACUUAGAUGAUUUAAUGCUAUUGAUGUCCGACUUGGAUGAUAAGAACAAGGCGUACAAGUCACGUUUGAAGGAAUUGGGUGAAGCUGUUGCCAGUGAUGGAUCCAGUGACGACGAUGAUGAUGGGGAUGACGAUGAUGAUGAUGACGAUGAUGAUGAUGAAUAG